CCAUCAACCAUAAACGCGUGAAGAGACCAACCUUCUGGACUCCAAAGAGAGCAUGCUAAGGAGAGGAAUCUGUGGAAAGAGGAUUGUGGGAGCAGACGUUCAUAGGGGUCUUGGGCUUCUCAGACACGGGAACGGGGAGAACAGGGGGAUGGAGGUGGAGAUCAUGAAGGAUAAGACGGAGAAGGGGCCGGAGAAGAAGAAAGAUGUUGGGAGCACGAAGAUGUUCGACAGCCCGCCGGAGAAGCCUCUGCCCGGGGACUGCUGCGGCGGCGGCUGCAAUCCUUGCGUGUGGGAUACCUAUUACGAGCAGCUUGAGGAAUAUAACAACAGCAGAUCCGGCGACGGGAACGAGCAGCAUCAACCGACCUCUUGAUUCUUCAAUUAACACCAACAGAUGGGUUGUUUUUCCAUUCAAUUCUUGCCUCCCCAAUAGAAUUUUUCUUUUCCUUCUUUGAUGGGGAAAAUUUAUUCGUUGUUGUAUCUUUCUGCUGGCUUCGUCGUCUUGGUAAUUGUAUAAGAGGCUGUUCUGGGGAUCACCCAAAUUGAAUAAGAGACUGAAUCUUUUCUGGCA